CUCUGAAAGCCAUCUUCACAGAAACUUUUCACAGAAGUCAAACAGUUAAAGCAAAUUCUAGAGAUGUGGUAGAGACCGGGGAAAAAAUGGGAAGCAUUUUCUUCUAAACAAGAAGGUCUGUACUUCUAGGUUACUGGUUUCAAUUUUCUCAAAGGCAAAAUGAAGAAGAGAGAGAUCAGUGUGUGUCAACAAACGUGGGCUUUAUUGUGCAAGAACUUUCUUAAAAAAUGGAGAAUGAAAAGAGAGUCCUUACUGGAAUGGAUGAACUCAUUGUUCCUACUACUUUUUUUAUACAUAUAUCCUCAUAGACAUCAAGUUAAUGAUUUUUCUUCACUGCCUACCAUGGACCUGGGGCGAGUAGAUUCAUUUAAUGAAUCUGGAUUUUCUAUUGCAUACACACCUGUCACCAACACAACCCAGCAGAUAAUGAACAAAGUAGCCUCUGCUUCCUUCCUGGCAGGCAAAGAAGUCUUGGAAUUUCCAGAUGAAGAAAGUAUUAAAGAAUUUACAGCAAAUUAUGUUGGUGAAAUAGUAAGAGUCAUCUUUACUAACACUUACUCAUAUCAUUUGAAGUUCUUACUGGGACACAGAAUCCCAACAAGGAAAGAACACAGGGACCAUACAGCUCAUUGUUAUGGAACAAGUGAAGAUUUUGACUGUGAAGUGUCAUUAUUCUGGGAGGAAGGAUUUGUGGCUCUUCAAGCUGCCAUUAAUGCUGCUAUUAUAGAAAUCACAACAAAUCACUCAGUGAAGGAGAACCUGAUGUCAGUUACUGGAAAAAAUAUGAAGAUACAUGCCUUCAUUGGUCAAUCAGGAAUUGUAACUGAUGUGUUUGUUUUCAUCUGUAUUAUUACUUUUUCUUCAUUCACUUACUACGCAUCUGCUAACAUCACAAGAGAGAGGAAAAGAAUGAAGGGCUUGAUGACAAUGAUGGGUCUUCAAGAUUCAGCCUUCUGGCUCUCCUGGGGUUUGCUCUAUGCUGGCUUCAUCGUCAUCAUGGCCAUUUUCUUGGCGCUUGUUAUAAAAUCUACCCAGUUUGUCAUUUUGACGGGCUUCAUGGCAGUCUUCACCCUCUUUUUCCUCUAUGGAUUGUCAGUGAUGGCUUUGAGUUUCUUAAUGAGUGUCUUGAUAAAGAAACCUUUCCUCGCCGGUCUGGCCGUGUUCCUUCUCACUGUCUUUUGGGGGAGUCUGGGAUUCACAUCAUUAUACAGACACCUUCCUGCAUCUUUGGAGUGGAUUUUAAGUUUGCUUAGCCCCUUUGCCUUCAUGCUUGGAAUGACCCAGCUUUUACGCUUGGACUACGAUUUGAAUUCUAAUGCAUUUCCUGAUCCAUCAGGCGACUCAAAUCUCAUUAUAGCAACAACUUUUAUGUUGGCAUUUGACACUUUCUUCUAUCUGGCAUUGACGAUUUACUUUGAAAAAAUUUUGCCAAAUGAAUAUGGACAUCGAUAUCCACCCUUGUUUUUCCUGAGGUCCUCAUUUUGGUCACGACAACAAAAGGCUCACCAUGUUGCCCUUGACGACAUAGAUCCUGAUCCUUCAUCUGAUGACUCUUUUGAACCCAUAUCUCCUGAGUUCCAUGGGAAAGAAGCCAUCAGAAUCAGAAAUGUUACAAAAGAAUACAAAGGCAAGCCUGACAAAAUAGAAGCUUUGAGAGAUCUGGUAUUUGACAUAUAUGAAGGCCAAAUCACUGUAAUUCUUGGUCACAGCGGAGCUGGAAAGUCAACACUCCUCAAUAUUCUUAGUGGGUUGUCUGUUCCCACCAAAGGUUCAGUCACCAUCUAUAAUAACAAACUUUCAGAAAUGGCUGACUUAGAACAUAUCAGCAAGCUCACUGGUGUUUGUCCACAAUCCAAUGUGCAAUUUGACUUCCUCACUGUGAGGGAAAACCUCAUGCUCUUUGCUAAAAUAAAAGGGAUUCUGCCACGAGAAGUGGAUAAAGAGAUUCAAAGAGUUUUGCUGGAAUUGGACAUGAAAAAUAUUCAGAAUGUCCUUGCUCAAAACUUAAGUGGUGGACAGAAAAGAAAACUCACCUUUGGGAUUGCCCUUUUAGGAGACCCUCAGAUUUUCCUGUUGGACGAACCAACUGCUGGAUUGGAUCCCUUUUCAAGACACCGAGUGUGGAACCUUCUGAAAGAACGCAAAGCAGACCGUGUGAUCCUCUUCAGUACUCAGUUCAUGGAUGAAGCUGACAUCCUGGCUGACAGGAAAGUGUUUCUCUCCAAAGGAAAGCUGAAGUGUGCGGGCUCUUCUUUGUUUCUGAAGAAGAAAUGGGGGAUUGGAUAUCACUUAAGUUUGCAGCUAAAUGAAAUAUGUGUUCAGGAAAACAUAACAGCGCUUGUUAAACAGCACAUCCCUGAUGCCAAAUUAUCAGCAGAACGCGAAGGAAAACUUGUCUAUACGUUACCCUUAGAAAGAACAAAUAAAUUUCCAGAACUUUACAUGGAUCUCGAUAGCAUUCCUGGCCUGGGAAUUGAGAGUUACAGCAUUUCCAUGACAACUUUGAAUGAGGUAUUCCUGAAAUUAGAAGGAAAAUCAGUACUUGAUGAAUCAGAUAUUGCCAUUUUGGGAGAAGUACAAGCAGAAAGAGCUAGAGAAACAGAAAGUCUCGUUGAGAUGGAACAAGUUAUCUCUUCACUAAACGACAUAAGAAAUACAAUAGGUGGUGUGGCUCUCUGGCGACAGCAAGUCUGUACAAUUGCAAGGGUUCGUUUAUUAAAGUUAAUGCACGACAGAAAAGCUCUUUUAUCUCUGCUAUUGAUUCUGGCUGUUGGAUUGACUCCUUUUCUUCUGGAGCGUAUCUUUGUGAAAAUAUAUCAUAACAGUUACACUUGGGAACUUUCUCCUCAUUUGUACUUCCUUACUCCUGGACAACAACCACAUGAUCCUCUCACUCAAUUAUUGAUCAUCAAUAAAACAGGGGGAAGCAUCGAUGACUUCAUACAUUCUGUGGAACACCAGAACAUAGCGUUGGAAGUGGAUGCAUUUGGAACUAGAAAUGGCACAGAUGACCCAUCUUAUAAUGGAGCCAUCCUAGUGUCUGGAAAUAAAAAUAAUUACAGCUUUUCAUUAACAUGCAAUGCCAAGAGAUUGAAUUGCUUCCCUGUUCUUAUGGAUAUUGUUAGCAAUGGACUACUUGGAAUGUUUAAACCCUCAGCACGUAUCCAGACUGACAGAAGCACAUUUAUGGAUGGCCUAUCGAAUGAUUCAUUUGCAUUUCUAGGAUAUACCGUGUUUUGGCUGAUUUUAGCAUCAUGUUGUUCACCUUAUAUUGCCAUGAGCAGCAUUGAGGAUUAUAAGAACAAAGCUUGGUCCCAGCUACGGAUUUCAGGACUCUUCCCUUCUGCUUACUGGCUUGGGCAGGCACUGGUGGAUGUUCCCCUGUUUUUCACGAUCUUCCUUUUUAUGUAUAUAAUGGACCACAUUUUAAACUUCCAUGACACUAUAUUUGCAGUUUUGAAUCAUAUUGUUCAAAUCCCAUGUGCUGUUGGUUUUUCCUUUUCCCUUAUCUUCAUGACAUAUGUGAUUUCGUUCAUUUUUCGCAAGGGGAGAAAAAAUAGUGGCAUUUGGUCAUUUUGCUUCUAUGUUAUGACCGUAUUCUCUGUGGCUGGAUUUAUGAUUAGUACCUUUGAAACCAGUCUACAAUUCUUCAUCACCUUUUUCAUACCACCUGCCACAUUGGUUGGCUGUUUGUUCUUAUCUUUUCAUUUUUUUUUACAGUCUUUCAAUGGUGAAGAAUCAAGUGACAUGUUGCCAGUUCUGGUAUUCCUAAUUCCUAUUCUCCACUUUAUCAUUUUUCUUUUUAUCCUUCGGUGUCUGGAAUGGAAGUUUGGAAAGACAUCAAUGAGAAGAGAUCUUUUCUUUAGAAUUUCUCCAAGAAGCAGUGAUGUACGUCAAAAUCCAGAAGAGCCAGAAGGAGAAGAUGAAGAUGUUCAGAUGGAAAGAGUGAGGACAGCAAAUGCCUUGAAUUCUACAAAUUCUGAUGAGAAGCCGGUCAUUAUUGCCAGCUGUCUACGCAAGGAGUAUGCAGGGAAGAGGAAGCAUUGUUUUUCCAAGCAGAAGAAUAAAGUAGCCAUAAGAAAUGUCUCUUUCUGUGUUAGAAAAGGUGAGGUUUUAGGAUUAUUAGGACACAACGGAGCUGGUAAAAGUACAUCCAUUAAGGUCAUAACUGGAGACACAAAACCAACUGCCGGACAGGUGGCACUGAAGGGCAGCAGCGGAGGGGACACCCUCGGCUUCCUGGGGUACUGUCCUCAGGAGAACGCGCUGUGGCCCAGCCUGACGGUGAGGGAACACCUGCAGGUGUAUGCCGCCGUGAAAGGACUGAGGAAAGGGGACGCGGAGGUUGCCAUUACGCGGCUCGUGGACGCAGUCCGGCUGCAGGACCAGCUGAAGGCUCCUGCCAAGACCUUGCCAGAGGGAGAGAAGAGAAAGCUGUGUUUCCUGCUGAGCAUCCUGGGGAACCCGUCGGUGGUGCUUCUGGACGAGCCGUCAACCGGGAUGGAUCCCGAGGGACAGCAGCAAAUGUGGCAGGCUAUCCAGGCCACCUUUAGGAACACGGAGAGGGGCGCCCUCCUGACCACCCACUACAUGGCAGAGGCCGAGGCUGUGUGCGACCGAGUGGCCAUCAUGGUGUCUGGAAGGCUGAGAUGUAUCGGGUCCAUCCAACACCUGAAAAGCAAAUUUGGCAAAGACUACCUGCUGGAGAUGAAGGUGAAGACUCUUGCACACGUGGAGCCCCUCCACACAGAGAUCCUGAGGCUUUUUCCCCAGGCUGCUAGACAGGAAAGGUACUCUUCUCUGAUGGUUUACAAGUUGCCAGUGGAAGAUGUGCGACCUUUAGCCCAGGCUUUCUUCAAGUUAGAGAAGGUUAAACAGAGCUUCGACCUGGAGGAGUACAGCCUCUCACAGUCCACCCUGGAGCAGGUUUUCCUGGAACUCUCCAAGGAGCAGGAGUUGGAGGAUUUUGACGAGGAUCUCGAUCCCUCGGUGAAAUGGAAGCUCCUCCCACAGGAAGAGCCUUAAAGCACCAAAUUCUAUGUUCCUGUUUAAGCCUGUGGUUGUUAUUUUCUUUAAGACAUUUAUUUUUAUAAUAUCAAUGUUCUAUUUUUAGAAACUAUAAUAUAAGCCCUGAAAUAGUUCUUUGUGUGCUAGGAAGGAGGAGAGAAUGCUGGGUUUACACAAUAACCAUCGACAGAGGACUGGCCAAGCUGACCUCCUGGUCACAGCCUCCGUAUCUCUGAAGGUCAUGCAGAGUCAAUGUUUCUGUAUAAUGCCGAAUGAAUUUACUUUGAUAAGAUUGUUUAUAAACAAUCUUUUAUAAAAUUUGUUUAAAGUUUUUAAAUAAAAAUCUUAAAACUUUUUUUGUAGCCUGGACUGAUAAAAGCUUUGUUUACAUAGGAAUGGACAUGUAUCAGGAACUUUUAUGUGUUUAUAUCUAGAUGGUCUGAUAAGUCAACAUGAAGUACAAUCUAUAUAUUUACUCUUUUGGGGAUUUGAUACUUUUUAAAGUUUAUAUUUUAGGAAGAAUUUAAAUGUCAUUUUUUAAAAAUAGAUUUAAGUGUGUUUCUUGUGGCUAACAAUACUAAGUGCUAAAGGACAUAAUAUCUGAUAUUCAUAUUUGAUAACAUAUCCACUGAUAACAUCAUGAUAUAGACGUAAACUGGAAAAUCCAAAACUUACCGUUAGAAAUAUACUGUACUUUUUAGUUUGUAAACCCCCUCUGUACCGUUGACACUGUACGUUUAAGUUUCGGCUUGAGAGAUGCCUGUAUUGUAACUGAUCUUCAUGAAUAUUUGUCACUUGGUUUCAAGAAAGUUGAUGAGUGUGGUAACGAGCCAAGUGACUGAGUCUGUGUAAAAAAUAUGAAAUAAAUCUCAUAUGUAGUCUUGAAA